UUCAGUGGACUAUUAUCUCUCUAACGCCGUUCAAAUAGCGCACACACCAAUUCUUUAUUGCGAUUUUGCUUUGCGCACUCCACAACAAAAAGAAUCCACCACUGGACUUUCUUUACUCUGGAGGGCUGCUUCCACCAUGAGCGUCGGACAGACGUAUGAGAAGAAGAUUGCGAGUAUUUUGACCGAUCUACCAGGAUCUAUGAGUUGCCACCCGAGCUCCAAGGACUCUCCUACUCUCCCCGAGUCUUCGGUGACAGACAUGGGCUACUACAGCGGCCAGACGGGCCCGAGUCAUCACGAAUAUUAUCAGAGUCAAGCGUACGGACAGCCCAUGAACUCUUACCACCACCAGUUUAAUCUGAACGGAAUGGGAGCUGCUGGAGCGUACGCGACCAAAUCUGAAUACCCGUACACAAAUGGCUACAGACAGUUCGGACAUUACAACAGAGAUCACCUGCAGGCCUCGCCUCCGAGCUCAGUGAAAGAAGAACCAGAGCCUGAGGUCCGCAUGGUGAAUGGAAAACCGAAAAAGAUCCGCAAGCCGAGGACGAUCUACUCCAGCUACCAGCUCGCUGCCCUGCAGAGGCGCUUCCAGAAGGCGCAGUACCUCGCUCUGCCCGAGAGAGCGGAGCUGGCGGCUCAGCUUGGCCUCACCCAGACACAGGUUAAGAUCUGGUUCCAGAACCGGAGGUCCAAGUUCAAGAAACUGUACAAAAACGGCGAGGUUCCCCUGGAGCACAGUCCCAACGCCAGCGACUCCAUGGCCUGCAACUCCCCGCCCUCCCCCGCAGUCUGGGAGAACAGCACCCCUCAGAACACCCCGAUCAGCAGACCUCAGGUCCCGCAGCAGACGCACAGCUCGUCGCCGCCAUACCUGGAGGAUUAUAACAACCACUGGUACCAGCAGGGAUCACACCUACAGCACCCUGGCACCGUGCACCACCCAGUCCCUCAGCAAAGUGUGGGAGCUGUUUAUUAA